AUGGAUUCGGAUUCAGAGCAAGAUUAUCGAGAAGAUCUCAAUGAAGACUUUGAGGAUGACUUUGACUUGCCCGAGGAUGGCACCGACAUCCACACGAAGAGGGAGGAAAACUAUGAGGAGCGCUUCAAAGCAGCCGUGAAGAUGAUUAAGAUGAAAAGGAAGUUUGAGAAUAAGAACGACAUUAAUAUGUUUCUGCAUGAGUAUGGAGACAUUGCUGGCGGGUCUUCGCCUAAAGUUUCAGGAAACUUGCUUCACGCUCUGAUCGACGUAGUUAAGCAUACUGACGGUAUCAAAUCGAAAGAUGUUGAAAUCCUAAUCCGGGAACUAGUCAGAAGAUAUCCAGAGUUACUCAUUAAGUUGAACAAAGAUGGGCACAAUCCCGUUUUCAUGGCCAUAAGAGCCUCUCAGCAUCAGCUUGUGGAGUAUAUGAUCUCUUCCUGUAUUGACGAUCAAGGGGAAACCAUGAAUAGGGAAACCAUAAGCACUGCAUUAAGCAUGAAGGCUCCGGGAGGCGAAACUUGCCUCCAUGUUAUUUUCAAGGAGAGAUUCAACCCGGGCACGGUAAACAUGCUUAUUGAAAACGCCAGCGACGAAGCAUUGUCUAUCCAAGAUUAUGACGGCAAGACACCAAUGCAUUAUGCCGUCUCGUUUAAGGAAUGCACAGACGUAAGGGCUAAGCUGAUUGCGCUUUUUAUCAGACGCGAUUUGAACACGAUGCGGAAUAAACGGGAGCCACAAAAAUCUUUUCUUGAUCUAUUUGAUAAGGAUGGAAUGUCAAUCUACCGGGAACAUCAAACAACGAGAGUUGUUAUUACGAGCAAGGUCAUGAAACUACGUCAGGCUGCGGGGAGUAUGAAGCAAGAUCAAAUCGAUACUUCAAGAUUACCUAGAGAACCCGCGCCCCAGGUUAGCAUAGGAUAUCCGGGGAGUUCAGUCGCAAUUAGACCCACUAACGACCGCGAAGAAGAGAGAUAUGGUCGUAUCGCUAAUAGAAGCGGUGGUUUAGAUGAGCGUGAAGCCUUACGUCAAAAGAAGAAAGCAGAGGAGGCUGCCGGUCGAGAUACUAGCAGGAAUCGAACAACGCGAGUGAAUGAACCCAAUGAAAAAUCCAUACAAUUAGCAGUCAAAGUCAAUGGUACAGCUCGACAACAAGAGCCGUCACCUAAUACACCAGUUAAACGGAGCAACACAAUACAUUCCGAGACGACUCAAGAUCGGGAGAAGGAGAAAUCAUUAACAAGCACAGCUCAGAGGAAUAUUGGCAAGUUGAAUGCCGUUACGAAGAUUUCUGACAAGAUUUUACUAGACCUGAAGCUACAUUAUAUGAGGACGAGAAAUGCUGAAAAGGUGAUCAACUUUUUAUAUGGCAACAACAUGGAUGAUAUCCAAACCAGUUUUGACUACGAUACUCUACCCCGAAAUAUUCUAUGGAAGAACUUCAUCGGCAGAUUUGGCGCGGAUUCCAAAUCUGGCCUUAGAUUCGAUAGUGUGCUGCAAUAUGUAACGCUCCCACACGUCGAAGUUCGCCAAAAAGGUCGUCUAGCCGAUCAAGACGCUAAAGUACAAUCUAAGACACACCAACCUGGAGCCCUCGGUUGCGAAGAUAUGAAGUAUUUUUUUGAUUGGCUGUAUAAUAAGGGCGUGCGCCACAUUAUCAGACUAACGGUUGAAGAUGCCGGGGGCUCGGGGGAGAAAGUGCACAGUGACCAAGCUAUUCAGGAGUCCCUAGAGCGUUUUGUUGUUGAACAUCUCGAUUGGCAAAAAGUAGACUUGGAUCCAGAGACUAUACUACAUGUUAGUAGCAAAGUUGACAUAACAGCACUUACGCAUGAUGGUCCGAAGGACACCGAGUUGGUCCCGUAUUCGCAGUUAAAGCAGCUGUACUUGAGGUGGAGCGGAAGUAAUGCAGUGCUCCGAGCCUGGAGCGAACCGGAAGGGUUACCAAUGCUGCCCCGACUCAUGAGAAUCUACCUAUGUAGACCCCAUUCUGAAAAAGCCUAUGACAAUAUACAAUGGAUUAAUAAGAAAAUCAUCGCGUUUCAGACCAGACUCAAUGCGAACCGAAAAGCCAUACGCGCUCAAAAGCUUGCGGCUUCUGACAAUAAGGUUGCAUCCAGUAUUAGUGUUGGAUUUAACGAUGUUGAGGUUAUUGCUACUGACUUGGGUAUUGGUGAGAGUAAAGCGACAUCUAGUAAUAUUCCCCAUUUUACAACUUCGACACAUGUUAAGGGGGUUAAUUCUCAUCGGUGGCUGGACUCAACAGCAAGGUUCGCUGGCGAAAUGGUUCCCUUCUGGCAAAAUAUAGUCAAGGAAUUCCUCGAGACAAGGAAGAAUCAAGGUACCCAAGAGCGGAUUGAAGACGACGUUAUACUAGCACUAAUCGACGAUGGCGUGGACAUGUUCGAUGCUACUUUGGACAAUCACGUACUUGAGGGCAAGAGCUUCGACUUCCAUGACGGGAAGAUUCGGCCGCCGUUCUCAUCAGCAAGAGGCCAUGGUACAGUCAUGGCCAAUAUGAUCCUACGUGUUUGCCCAAUGGCAAAAGUCUAUCCAAUACGGCUAAAGACAUAUCAGAGUGAGAAUGGGAAGAACACGAUCGACAAGGACUAUGCAGCGCGGGCUAUACAAGCAGCUCUUGAUAAGAAGGCUACAAUUAUUUCCAUGUCGUGGACGCUCCCAAUGAAGAAUAAUAAGAGCGAUUCAAAAACUCGAUUGGACACUGUUCUGAAAAAGGCAGUAGAUAGUAAAGUCUUAAUGUUCUGUUCUGCUCCUGACGAGGGUAAAUUCACCGAGCUUGACUACCCCAGCGGGCCAUGGCGUGACCGUUUCUUCCGCAUCGGCGCCGCACGUGCUGACGGUACGGUAUUUCCGUGGACACCCGACGAUGGCAUCACAUACGUCCUACCCGGCGUCGACGUGAUCAAAGAACAAGCAGGAAGACGUUCAUUCGAGAUACACUCUCCAGGGGGUGCUAUAGCACGCGAGGUAGACGUCAAGUACGAGACCGGCUCAAGCGUUGCCACAGCACUAGCGGCUGGUCUCGCCGCCAUGAUCAUCUACUGCGUCAAAGCCAGCAUCCUCGCCGUCAAGACGGCGAACCAAAAUAAGGGCUCCGUGGUGGGUAUCGCAAUCCCCGACAAUGGCGCAAAUCUGAUCGCAGAUCCUGAUGCUAUGAAACGAGCUUUUGCUAGCUUGGGAAGCGUUACGCAGAAUAAGUUUAUUCAGAUUUGGGAGGAGCUGGAUAAUAUUAGCGAGUUGUUGGAGGCUUCGCGAGGUCAGGAUUUAAGUGCAGAGGCCAAGCUAAAACAAAUCGAACGUUUUGUGGAGUUUGGACGCAAGCUUUCAAACUCGGUCAAGUAUUAA